CAGUGCGCAUGCGUAGUAACAAUACCGAUGUGGCUAACGUGACACAAAAAUUUAAGCUGUUUUUAGUUUGUUUAUACGUUUUUAAUGAAACAACCAUGAUGAUAAUGAAAGUUUAUCUUCUGGUCUUGUUUUAUGUUUGCGGCUUUGUUACAGCAGAUGAAGAAGAAAGACUUCCGAAUAAAUGCGAAGUGUGUAAGUUUCUGACAGUGGAGCUGCAGGAAGCUCUGGAUAAAACUGGUCGCUCCAAAGAAGUGCUGGAAGUUGGCGAAGUUUUGGACACAGGCAAGAGAAGGAGAAAGAUCAAAUACAACACCUCGGAAACACGGUUGACGGAGGCGGUGGACAACAUAUGUGAGCGCAUCCUGCGCUAUAAUGUUCAUGCAGAGAGGCCUGGCAGCCUCAGAUACGCCAAGGGCUCCAGCCAGACCAUGACAACACUAAAGAAUCUGGCCCACAAAGGUGUUAAAGUGGACUUGGGUCUGCCAUUUGAGCUGUGGGAUGAACCCUCUGUGGAGGUGUCUGUCAUGAAAAAACAGUGCGAGACGAUGCUGGAGGAGUAUGAGGAGGUUGUGGAGGACUGGUACUUUCAUCACCAGGACCAGAGGCUUGAAAACUUCCUAUGUCAGAGCCACGUCCUCAAGACAUCAGAGCAAGAAUGUCUGAAAGAAGUGUGGAAAGGAGACAUGGGCAGCAAAGGAGAGGUUGAGGAGGCAACAAGCACAGAGGAAAAGGAAGUAAAAAAGGAGGGAAGGACCCAUGAUGGUGGAGAACUUUGAGAAAAACACUGAGUUAAAGGAUAUACAGAAGACAACGCUACACCUCAGCUCUUCCCUGAGGCUGCAAAUCAAUGGACUGAAGUUAAAUAUGUAUUGAAAAAUGUUUUCAGAGGAAUUGAUGAUCGUGGUGCAUCUGUAGGAAAUGUUACAUAUCUUUAAAUGUUGCAUUGACUUAUUUUUGCUGUUUGAUGGCCUACAGUGAAUAACAUGACACUUUAUGCUGUUUGAUGUCGACGUUUUCCAUUGUUUAAACACAUUAAGGCCUUUAACAUGAGACUGUUUCAGUGUUAGCUGUUGCAGCGCAUCAUGUGCCAAUAUUUUGUGUAUUUUUUACUCCAAACUUCAGUACUGAAAAGCAAUAUGUACAGUUUUUAUAUGUUAAAUAAAAAGCUUUCCUAUGA